AAUUUUAGGUCUGGUAUGUUCAAUGAGGUUUAAAAUUGGUGAUACUUUAUUACUUGAAUUACGAGUGCCGCAGCAGAUUUGCUGUGCUAAAUUGGAUGAUGAACUGCCGGGGAACAAAUCGAUUGUGAAAUGGAAAACAUCAACUUAUUUCCUGGCAUCGUUACUUUAUGCCAUCCAGACUGAAUAUGUGAAACAAGCUUUGUUGGGUUUUCUGAAGCGAAAUUACAAUAUUCCGGAUGGUAGUAAUGUAUAUUUGGUAAUUCACUUUCGCGAACCGAUGGUUAGUGAAAUUGACUACAAAUGGAACUACAGGAUCUCCGCCAUUUGUGUUAGAGGUUUGGAGCUGGAGAAGUCGUUAUGGGUUUUAUCAACUUUUGGUGGUGCCUUAUCAGCUAUGGGUGAUUAUUAUAAGCACUUUGCUGAAAAAGCCGAACUUGUAUCCUAUAGUCAAUUGCAACUUGCUAAUAAUAUUGGUGAUCCGGUCCUAAUUUCACGCUGUAAAUUAUAUAUUUCAAUCAGCUUGAUGCAAAUGAAAAGAUAUCGUGCAGCUGCGAAAAUUAUUCGCCGACAGUACAGCGUUGCAAAAACACUUAAAAAUCAAUUUCUGUUUCAUUGCUGUCAAGGAGUAUGGAUGAAACUGCGUGGCAUGAUAGAAAACUCUAGGCAGAUGACCCGAAGUACUGGCAUUACUCUGAAUGAGAAAGUCAAUCAACAUCAGAAAAUCAAUCUGUGA